AUGGCUCCAUAUGAUAACAGAUUGGAUGGCUCUGAAAUCAGCCUGAACAAGGACAUGAGAAAGGUACAGCUUCUUAAUUGGAAAUAUCAGCACUUAGCCGAUGUUACAGUCACCUAUCUCCAUAUUUUGUAAUAUUUAUAAGAUCACUCAAUUGAUUCUUUAGUACUUUCUUAUCUUCUAAUCAUUGUUUGGGAAUUUGUAUCAACAGUAAUUCUGGUGCAACGUUGUGCAUUCAGCACGAACAUUCCAUUGGUUUCCAUGGUGAUUGGUUCACUAUGUAAUUGUUUAGACACCCUCAUGUUGGAGACCCCACUUCUCUCUUCCCGUUUGUUCGCAUCACCCUCUCUUUUUCCCCCCCUAUCUAUCUCUCUCUCUUUCAUACCCCAAUUUUUUGUGAGAAAUCAAUAUUUUUGUUCAGUCCGUUAAAGUCUUCUAUUUGUCAGGCGAUAUGAGCCCCCUUUUUAUUAAAUCAGAAUUAAAAAAUUGUAGUUAAUCUUAACUUUAUUCUAACGCAGAGGCAGAAUCCUCACAGCAGCCAAACUCUCCCUUUCUGAAAUCGUAACGCAUGUGACUUUUGUCAAAUCAAAUACUUUUCUUAAAGAAGCUUUGCAGACAUAUGGCACACGUGCAGUUAUCGCUGUGAUCUGCCGAUACAAUGCUUCUUCUAUUCGACCAGUCAUCGUUCAGCGUCUUACUUUGUAUGCUGUAGGUUUAAAACAUCUGGGGAUCUAUCUUUUGGGGACCCCUGGUCUAGUAGGUAUUGAAACUGAAAAAAAUGUAAGCAGUGCUCAUUCGCAGAAAAAAAACUGUAUUAAAUGAUAAGGCUUCCGUGGCAGCAUGUAUACAACAAUAACUACAGUUGUUUAUAUAGCUCCAACAUAUUCCACAGCGCUGUACAAUAGGAAACAAGACAAACAUUUAAUUCUAACAAAACAUGUUUGAACUGUAGCUGAAAAGUUUACACUAAAAUCACUUACUUAAAUUAUUACACUGUCCCUUUAAUUUAACUUAAAGGCAUAUUCCAAAGAUAUUAAUUCUAUGAUUCCCUACAAAAUAUUUUCCUCCCUUACUCGUGUAUGUUAAAUUUGGCUCAUCAUUUUGUCAUCAUUUUAUCAAGUGGCUGAAGAGAAUUAAGACCACUGAUUCAUUAUGUUGGAUAAGAAAUUGCUAUUUAAGGCCACAUUUCGUACACAAUUUAAUAUACAGACCUCUUGUACAAUGCAAUGGACAUGUUGGUGCUUUAAACAUAAAUAAUAAUUAAAUACAAAGAUUAUGUGACUGUGCCAUUUAUAGCUGCACUGGUUAAAAGAAGAGAAAUGUAUUUUUCUUCAUUGCAACAUUUGUACGCACUGUAUUUAUAUAUUCUUGUACAUACAUCCUUUCUUGUUUUUUUAUGAAAAUUAAAUUAUUAUAUUGUAUUUUUUUUUUUUUGCUAAAAUUAUUUGUGCACUUUCAGUGAAGAGAAUUUGUUUUUAUUUCCAAUAAACUGCAAACCCGUAGUGAAUUAAUACUACACACGGAUAGGAUUUUAUAUAGUUUUUGUUUAAUGUGUAUGUUUUCAUUUAUUAGUAAAUUGUAAUAUAUAGUUAUCUAUAUCUGGCUAUUGCUAUAUAUUCAAGGUUUGCGUAGAUCAAAUUUAGAGAGAUGUUUCUAUGUGUUUUUUUAAAUAAUAUUAAUAUCAGAGUUUUAGAGAAGUAAUAUAUUGCUCUUUUAGUUUGAUUUACAAUGCCCUCUACUAAUAUUGGCACCCUUAGUAAAUAUGAGCAAAGGCUGUGAAAAAUUGUCUUUAUUGUUUAACCUUUUGAUCUUUUGUUACAAAAAAUACACAAAAAUGCUUUCAUGGAUAUCAAACAUUUGCAAACAUAACAUGUUUAUUAUAAAAAACAAAUCUAUGUUAAAUAUUUAUGUGGCACAUUUAAUGGUACCCCUAUAAAUUCAUAUGAGAAAAAUAUAUUUCAAGUAUAUUCCCAUUGAUAUUUUUAAAGUUUUUAGUACACCUGAGUGGCUAGGAACAGGGGGUUGUUCAGCCAUUACUUCCUGUUUCAUAGGGGUAUAAAUAUAAAGUAACACAUAGGCCAAAUGCUCUUAGUAAUUCAUCACAAUGGUUAAGACCGAGGAAUAUACCUGUGAUGUGCUGCAUAUUGUUGUUGAGCUUAACAACAAUAUGGAAACUGUAAAUGUGAUGAAUUAACCUGGAAGAGGAUGUGUGUCUAUCUUGUCUUAAUGCACUGCGAAGAGGAUGGUUUGAGUGGCCAAAAAUUUCAUAAAAUCACAGCUGGAGAAUUGCAGAAGUUAGUUGCAUCAGAAAGUCUCUAAAACUACAAUUCCCUAAUCACCUUAAUACCAAGUUGUUUGGAGGGUUUUUUUUGUGGACAUUUUGUAAGGAUACACGGCAUCAUGGACUCUAUCAGAUAUCAACAUAUAUUAAACGAACAUGUGGCUGCCUCUGCCAAAAAAGCGUAAAAUUGGUCGUGGUUGCAUCUUCCAGCAGGACAAUGUUCCAAAGCAUACAUUAAAAUGGUUUACUGACCAUAAAAUCAAGGUCCAGCCAUAGCCAUACCAGUCCCCUGACUUGAACCCCAUAGAAAACCUUUGGGGUGAACUGAAGAGGAGUGUUCACUAGUGUCGACUUUGAAAUUUGAAGGAUCUGGAGAGAUUCUGUAUAGAGGAAUGGUCUCAUAUCCUUUCCAUCUAUUCUCCAACCUUAUCAGGCAUUAUAUUAGAAGACUUAGAGUUGUUAUCUUGGCAAAGGGGGGUAACACAAAGUAUUGACUAAAAAGGGUGCUAAUAAGUGUGCCAUACAUAUAUUUCUCUGUUUUUUUUAGGGUUUCUUAUAUAAAAAUAUGUUCUCGGAUGAAAGGUGAUAAGGAAUUGCAGCAGAUUGUACCGUAUUUACUUGUGCUUUCUUACAAUCAUAAUGGUUUUGUUAUAUCUCCACCAGCUGAGAAAGCCAGUGAUUGAGAAAAUGAGGAGAGAUCGGAUUAACAGCAGCAUUGAUCAGCUCAGGAUGUUACUGGAGAAAGAUCUUCAGAAAAAUCAGCUUCCAUCCAAACCAGAGAAAGCGGAUAUUCUGGAGAUGGCCGUGUCCUUAUUAAGGCAACAGAUACAAAGAACAACUAAAAGUGAGAAACACCAAAAAAAUAUUUCCUAUGCAUUGAGAUUGCUUUAAGGGGUUACUCCAAGAACCAUGACUAUUUAAGUGAUUUAAAGUAGUCAUGGUACCUGAUGUCUGUGUGUGCAGCGUUUCACUAUGAAAAGCUGCACAUACAGCAUUUAACCCCUCUGCUGCCGUGUAAGUCUACCUCUGGCAACAUCAUUAUGGUGUCAUCAGCCUGGAACUGGCAAUUCUGUGCAUAUUUCUAUGUGCAACGGAGCAUUUCUUGGUGUGGCCAACUGAAACUUCGGCCAAUGAAUGAGCGGCAGGAUUGGUAUCCGGCUUCUGCAACUCUGCAGAAACCUGAACUUGUCAACAGAGGAGAGGUGGUGCCCGGUGAGACCCAUGGAAGAGAGCAAACUAUUAUAUAACUGUUUGCCCGAUUAAUGGGGAAUGGUGCCAGGUUACUCUUAACACCAUAAUCAUCACAGUGGGCUCUAGUGGUUAUCAUGGUUGGAGUAACCCUUCAAUGAGUUACCCUAUAUAGUGUUAUUAUUUGAAAAACUAUUAUUACAGUUUUGUAACUAAAAUUAAAAAUGUUAAGUAUUGGAAUAUACCAUAAUUGGUGUUUUGUUUAAUUUUACAGCUGUGACAUCAGCUAAACAAGAUUUUGCACCGCUGCUUGAAGUCACAGAGUUUAUCCCACUAAGAAAAGAGACAGAGACACAGAUGGAUCUUAAAAGUGUCUCCCAUGGAUGCCAAAUCGCCAGCCAGAAUGUGUGCCAUUCUCUAGUUCCAUAUAGCCAGAGCAAUGGCAAAGAGCCCCCCCAGUGCUAUAGCGCAGCAGAUCUGUGGCGACCCUGGUGAUAAUGUCAUUGUGUCAUAGACUUUAUUUGGAAUCGAUGCUACCUUUCUAUGUGAUAUCACAAAAGAAUUAUUUUGUAUGUGUUUGUGUGUCAAUGUGUAUGUGCGUAUGAACAAUAAUAAGAAUGCAUACUAUCCUGUGAAACAUGGGUGGUAUGUAUGAAUUCACUUUUGAGCAAAGUACUACCGGUGGAUCAAUCACUAUGUAAACUUUCUUGGAGAUCCACGUUUACAAAUUUCCACCAGAUUUUAUUAUACAUAACCCCCAUAGACUGUGGAACAGUGGGUUGCAGUGGUUUUGAGUUAAUCUACCUCUUUCUUUACAACCCUAAUCAACGCUUAAUAAUUUAUAUUACCGUUAAUUUGCUCAGUGCAUUACAUUCAUCCACUAAAUAAUGAACUGUGAUGACUUGAAAACAGAAUUGCAAAAUCCAGGCUAAAAUAAAUAAUCUGUAUUUCCCAUAUAAGAUAUUUUGGCCUACAAUUUGCAAUUUGGUUUUGCUAUAUAUAUUUCCUAGUGAAUAAAUGCCAUAGAGACUGCAUCCCUUGCAGUUCUGAUUACAACCAGUAGGAGGGCAGCAAAGCAUUGUUUCAGCUCCUCAUUGGUUGCACUCUGUUCUGAUGGGUUGUCUUCCCACUUUCAGAGUUUUUGACUUUUAACCCUUUCGACUCCAUGGCAAUGUUUGCCAACUUCACAGUGUGGGACCAGACAAUGAUCAGGGGUAGUCAAUGAUCAUCUCCCCUAAUGCUUUGCCAGCAUUAUGGCUAAAGAGAAUUAUGGGAGAUGUAGUCCACAACAUCUGGAGUGCCGAAGGUCAACUAUCACUUGUCUAGGUUAUAAAGGCCAUUGUCAUUGGGGACUACCAUAUUUUUUUUUAACAAUACUUAAAAAAAAAAAAAAAGAAAUUAUAUUUGCCAUUUUGGAAUAUGAAGAGUAGUUGGGUAUGUCAACAUAGAUAGUCCUUGGUUUGUUAGGGGUUAUUGCAAUUUCUCUAAUAUCCCUAAAUAAUCUGUUCAAUGCUUGUAAAGCAUCAUUUAUCUGUUUGUGUGUCUUUAUCUUUGUUUGUUUGUCAGUGUAUAUAUGUAGGUUUUCAGAAUAAUUAUUUUUGAUAAAAGAAUAGGACAUGAAUUACAGUAUUUAUACAUUUUGUAUCAAUGUUUAAAAUGAGUUUUCAGUUCAGUGUUUUGAUUCUGUUAUUUGGAAUCUUAGAUAUAUUUCUGAGUGUUUGGUACUAAACUGUGAAUUGCUGGAAAGGCAUUCUGGACUAAUUACUGGGUUUGAUAAACAGCAACGUUUUUAAGCUUGACUAUUAUGGUCUAACAUGUUAUAUCAAUUAUCAGUUUAUCACAAUUCACAAUUUAGUAACUACAGCCACUAGUAAGAAGAUAAAGUGCGUUUUCUCCUAAGUUAGCCCGUGGAGCCUGUGACACCCUUUAAUAAAUAGGCUUUGCAGAAAGCAUAGGAGCUGACGAUUUUACAAAUUAUAGAAAUUCACAGAUUAACCCUUUAAAAUGCAGAUGCAAUGAAAUAACAUAUGGGCACUGUAUAGUUAAAGGGACACAAUGGGCAUUAUAAUGAAGUUGUUAUGGUGUCCGGAGUGGUCCUUUAAAUGUAAUUUCAUAUGUAUUUUGCGAACAAAGGUACAGUUAAAAUACAAUACAAAUAUGACAUUUCUUGUUACAGCCCUAUAAUGUUGGAUAUUGGCAUAAAGGUUUGAAUUCCAUCUAUUUAAGCACUCCACAAUCUCCCUCAAUGCUUGGCGAUGGCUUCCAGUACUUUAUAUUUGUGACCAUGCGCACAUCAUUCUGAGAAUGAUUUACAUACACUGCAGGGGAAUGUGUGCAUGCACGUUAAUCCACAUGCCAGUAAGGAAAAUUUAGGGGAAAAUAUAUUGGAAUCCAUAGACUUUUUGUAAUUUUACUAAAACAUUUUAGAGCAUAUAUAAUCACCUGGAGGUAAGCUUAGGCUUUAGGGACUGAUUAUCCAACAUUUCUUAAGCCUUUGCAGUUCACCUGUUACUUAAUAGGAACAAAAAAUGGGAAAGAUGAUAUUCAGUGGAAUGCCCUUUCUGUCUACUAUGUUAUUUUAAUUGGAGCAUGGACUAGAAAGGGUUAACAGAGCUGUGCAAAGCUGGGUUAAUGUUCUCACGAUGAUACCUGUUGAACCUUCCUUAUGAUGAGCAGAAUUUCUGUUUCAAAUGUAGUAGGCAGCUACAUUUGAAACAGGGCUGUCAUGACCCAAAUAACAAUUAGCUACCCCUUUCACCCGUUUCCUGCCCUGAUACUUUAUAAGGUCCAUUUAUAACUAAAUUAUCACACUUUGUUUCUAUUACUAUUUUUUUAAUGAGUGUGCGUAGAGCAAUCUCUGGUACAGCAUAUCUAAUUAACAUGUCAAUGCUCCCCUUAAUUUGCUUAUUCCUCCGUUUUAGUGCAGCAUUCUCAACCCCCCUCCACCGAGUCAAAGUUGUUUUUGUAUAUUUUCUCUGCCGGACACUUCUAGACACCGGGCGGAACUACCGCUGUCUAAAAGUGUCAAUCUCCCCAGUCUUCAUGGCUGCAGGAAAUUGGCUCCAUAGACCUGCAGGAUGUUCCAUAGACCUCAAUGACCUUAUACCGCGCAAGCGCGGGAGUUCAUCAGUGACGUCGGCUCUCAGAAGAGGACCGGCGGAGGAAAAUGGCUUCGCUUGUAAGGGACAGGUUCAGGUAAGUGGAAAUCACCUUUACCUGCCUCCCUCCAUCCACUGAACCCUUAACGGUGAAGUUACCAUCGGGGGUCUUUGCAAAUUCUGCAAAGUCCCCAGUUGGUGACAGUGCUGCUUUACAAGAUUAAUCUGUGUUAAAAAUUGAUAACAAUUGAAAUCAUACAAAUCUAUAGUAUUUUCUCAUUCCUCUAUUGGAUUUUGUUUGUAUAUAAGUGAUAAAAAUGACAAACCAUACAUUUUUAUUAGACUGUUGUGUCUGCAAUGAUUCUCCUUCUGAGAAGGGCAGUGCAGCUAUUUCUUGAAUAGACAUAAAUCCGCAACCAGCACAUAAGCACAGAGUACAUUGUCUGUAGUUGUCACAGUGUUGUAGUGCCCUUGAUGGCCCAACACACGGUAAGGUGACAACUGUAGGCUUUUUUUUUUAUACCUGGAUGUGAUUUGGCCCAGUCAUCCCUAAGGUAAUUGUCAACAUUAUCCACUAACCCAAAAGUUGUGAAGAAAUUUUAGCUCAAAAUACCGCAAAUUUUUAAACUCUGUUAUUGUAUUAUCUAAGAUAUUUUGGUCUAAGAUUCCCUUAACCCCCCACAAUCUUCUGGCUUGAAUACCUUUGAGUAAUCCCAUAUUGUUUUCAUUUGCAUUGUGCUCUGACGUGUAAAAAUGAAAUUUUAGCAGUAUCGCUAAAAAAUGGAUGUUCUUUUCUGUGAAAAGGAAAUUAUAAUCAAAUUUUUUUUACUACUACUUUUGCACCUUUAUAAUGAUUAAAUAUAUAUAUAUAUAUGUGUGUGUGUGUGUACAAGUCAUAAAACUGUCAAAAUAAAACCUUUAAAAAAAAAAUCAAACAAAUGUAAUAUCAUUUAAUUCUAGGCCACGAUAGGUGCUUUGGUGCUUUGGUGAUGGUUGGUUGAACUCCUUAAGUUCUCUUUAAAGCAUGGACUGGUUUAACAUUAGAGAGUUGAACAGUUCAGUCAACAAAGGUAAGAAAUUGGCGCUGCAGAGUGUGUUGGUCAGUUCCAAUUGAUUUAAUCUGAAAUCUCAAGUCUUCAACUAAACCAAUGGAAUUUUAUGCACAUCAAAAGGUAAUUCUUCUGAACAUGAGUUACGUUAUCCCAUGUUAGCGCUAAAAGUUUGAGAUUAAAAUUUGGUGAUAAAAACUUGUAGUGAUGGCUCAGAUUAUUCUAUGGAUGAAAAUUCUGACUGUAUAGACUGAAAUUAUCUUCAGCGUUACAUAGUUACAUAGCUGAAAAGAGACUUGCGCCCAUCAAGUUCAGCCUUCCUCACAUAUGUUGUUGCUGUUGAUUCAAAAGAAGGCAAAAAACCCACUCUGAAGCGCUUCCAAUUUUGCAACAAACUAGGAAAAAAUUCCUUCUUGACCCCAAAAUCAGAUGUCUCCUUAGAUCAAGCAGCUUUUACUACACUAACUAGAAAUUAUAUCCCUGCAUGUUAUGUUUUUGUAAGUAUUUAUCCAAUUGCAGUUUAAACAUCUGUAUAGACUCUGAUAAAACCACCUUUUCAGGCAGAGAAUUCCAUAUCCUUAUUGCUCUUACUGUAAAAAAAACUUUUCUUUGCCUUAGAUGAAAUCUUUCUUCCAGCCUAAAUGUGUGACCUCAUGUCCUAUGCAUAGCCCUGUUUAUGAAUAGAUUUCCAGAUAAUGGUUUCUACUGGCCCCAAAUAUAUUUGUAUAAUGUUAUUAUAUCCUCUCUGAGGCGCCGUUUUUCCAAACUAAAGAGAUUUAUAUUUUUUAACCUUUCUUCAUAACUAAAAUGCUCCAUUCCUUUUAGCAAUUUUGUAGCUCGUCUCUGCACUUUUUCUAGUGCCAUGAUAUCCUUCUUUAGAACAGGUGCCCAAAAUUGCACAGCAUAUUCAAGGUGUGGUCUUACCAGUGAUUUAUAAAGAGGCAAAAUUAUAUUUUCAUCCCGAGAAUUUAUGCCCCUAUUUAUACAUGACAAAACCUUACUGGCCUUAGCAACUGCAGAUUGACAUUGUAUAUUGCUGCCCAAUUUGUUCUCUAUAACAAUUCCCAAAUCCUUCUCGUUUGUGGUUAUCCCUAAUUCACUACCAUUUAGGGUUUAAGUUGCCUGUGCAUUCUUGACCCCGAAGUGCAUAAAUUUGCAUUUCUCAACAUUAAAUUCCAUCUGCCGUUUUAGUGCCCAGUCCACCAAUCUAUCCAAAUCCCUCUGCAGCAAAGCAAUAUCCUGCUCACAUAUUAUUACUUUACAAAGUUUUGUGUCACCUGCAAACACUGAAACAUGGCUUUCAAUGGCUAUUUCAAGAUCAUUAAUACACAUGUUAAAUAGAAGCGGCCCCAGAACAGAAAUCUAAGGGACACCACUUACCACUUUUGUCCAGCCUGAAAUCAACUCAUUGUACUCUAUCCUUAAGCCAAUGUUCUACCCAAGAACACGCAUAUUCAUCUAGACCAAUUUCUUUUAGUUUGAAGACCUUCCUAUUGUAAGGAACCAUAUCAAAUGCCUUGGCAAAAUCCAAGUAGAUCACAUCCACUGCAACACCCUGAUCUAUACUUCUAUUUACUUCUUCGUAGAAUGCAAUUAGGUAAGUUUGACAUGACCUAUGUUUCAUAAAACCAUGCUGAUUAUUGCUAAUAACAAAGUUCUUCCCAAUGAAUUCCUGAAUAUUAUCCCUUAAUAGCCCUUCAAAUAUUUUCCCAGUCACAGAAGUUAAGCUCACAGGUCUAUAAUUUCCAGGCAAGGAUUUUUAACCCUUCUUAAAUAUAGGAACAUAUGCCUUCCUCCAAUCCUCCGGUACAAUACGUGAAACAAAAGAAUCUUGAAAUAUUAAAUACGUAGUUUAACUUAGUUCCCCACUUAGCUCCUUAAAGGACCACUAUACGCACCCAGACCACUUCAGCUUAAUGAAGUGGUCUGGGUGCCAAGUCCAUCUAGGAUUAACCCUUUUUUUUAUAAACAUAGCAGUUUCAGAGAAACUGCUAUGUUUAUAAUAUGGUUAAUCUCUUGACAGCCGCUAGAGGCGCUUGCGUGCUUCUCACUGUGAAAAUCACAGUGAGAAGACGCCAGCGUCCAUAGGAAAGCAGUGUAAAUGCUUUCCUAAGAACUGGCUGAAUGCGUGCGUGGCUCCUGCCGCGUAUGUGCAUUCAGCCGAUGAUGUCGCUAUGGAGGAGGAGGAGAGCUCCCCGCCCCGUGCUGGAGAAAGGUAAGAUUUUAACCCCUUCCUCUCCCCAGAGCCCGGCAGGAGGGGGUCCCUGAGGGUGGGGGCACACUCAGGGCACUAUAGUGCCAGGAAAACGAGUAUGUUUUCCUGGCACUAUAAUGGUCCUUUAAGUACUCGUGUGUGAAUACCUUCAGGCCCCGAGCUUUAUUUACAUUCAUUUUCUUUAACUGCUGUAGCACCUUGUCUCGAGUCAUCCAAUCACAAGUUAUCUGCAGGGUUGCUUCCGAAGUUCAAAAGACUGCAGUUCUGGUUAGCAAAAAUAAUGUGGUGCCAUCCAGGGAUAGUUCGAUGACAAGUUCUCAAUACUUACCAGUGUCCAUAAUUUACAAUAAUACUUCUGAAUUAACUUGAAUGUAGGCUGGAUUUCAAUAUGACUAUUUCUACAGGAUAUGUUCAGAGUGAAUCUAUUUGACAUUAGUUUUUUGUUUUUUAAUUAAUAUGUUAUUCCUAUAUUUUACAUAUUAUAAAUAUAUAUAUAUGUGUGUAUUUAUUAAAUCUUUAGUUUACUCCUGUUUGUGUAACUGAGUGUAAGUGAAUCAUGAUGUCUGUGCACCAGUAUAUAAGGAAGUGAUAUGGAAGUCUGGCAAAAAAAUGGGAAUAAAGUGUGUCAGGAUAUAUAGUGAAGGAGUGUGUCAGGCACUGUACAGUAUAUCUGGAGCUGUAGGAAGGUUUCGGGAACAGUAGAAUGUUUCAGAUGAAGGUAAGUUUGAGAAAAUGUAGAGUGUUUAAAGACAAAAAGACUGACAACAGUAGAGAGUUUUGGGAGCUGAAUACAUGCGUAUAGAGUGUUUCGUGAGAUUAAAGAAACACUCCAAUGCCUAAAUGGGCAAAAAUAAAUAAAUCAUGGAUUAGUAGAUAUAACCCCAAUAAAUAUAUUUAUGAAUUUUAAAAGAGCUUGCAAAGGCUGCAGAUCUUAUUAACUGCAGCCUUAGCAAGCCCUCCCCUUUUUUUUUAGGAAAUAACUAAUCAGAGGCUUCUCAUUAAGAAGCCUCUGAAUUGGUGCCUAUGUGCACGUGUGUGCACUUCUGGUCUGUGUGAGAGUAGGAAGAGGUUGGCACGCUUAAGUAGAGCAUUUCUGACUCUGUUUGAUUGACAGCCAGUGGGGUGUUCCCUAAUUCAUUUUUUAAAAGUGCAGAAUUUUCAUAGAAAUUGGCACGUUUAUAAAGUGGGACUUUCCCUUGUUGCCCCCUUCACAGAUCUGCCAGUAUAUUGGAGAUAGACUCGAAGCACUUACAUUGAUCAAUGUAUUCUGUUAUCAAUGACCUUGGUCAGGGGUCCUCAAAUUUUUUAAACAGGGGGCCAGUUCAUGGUCCCUCAGACACUGUUGGGGGCAGGACUAUAAAAAAUAUUAACAAAUUCCUAUGAAAUUCUGAAGCAUCCGAAUGUCUGAAUUGCCGAAAUUUGUCCGAAUUUACAUUCGGAACAAAACGAAGUGCACAUGUCUAGUGUCUGAAUACUAAGGAUGGAGUUGGCAAAGUGGCCAAUGGUGAAUUUAGGGAGUAAGACCUACAUGGGUGCGGUUUGGAUUACAUAAAGCUUUGCUUUGGGCUGAAACACCAGCUAAAUUCCAUAUUGAGGAAAAUUCAUAAACAAAUUGCAAAAAGUUGUGACUAUAAUUGAGUUGGAGAACUUUUCCAAAUCAGCACUUUUUGUCUAAAUUUUCUAAUCUACGCUUUAGUUCACUACAAUGUGAAUGGGUACUACACUAAAAUGGAAAUUCUCAAGUGUUUAUUGUAAAUUCAGACUGAACCCCAAAUUUUAGACCAAAAUAGCUAAACAGGAAACGGCUGACUCGUAGAAGCUUUCCAGUUCUACAAACUACUUUGAUCUAUAAAAUAUGAAAUCCCUUUGGAUUCCAUACAAGUCACGCUUUAGAGAAUAACCCUUUCUGUUGUUAGAGAAACUAAUAGCCAAAUAAUAUUUUCUGCAAUAUUAUAACUGUCUAGAUUUUAUAUUGUAGAAACUUCUCCAAUUCUUCAAAAAUAAAGAAUUAAAAAAAGAUAACUUUUUUUAAUUUCUUAUUUUUUUAAGAUUUUGAGAAAUUUCUACAAUACAAAAUCUAGGCCAUAUUCUGUUCUGUUCAUACUCUACUCGAUAAAUAAUAUAUAACCAGGAAAAGGUAAAGAAAAAAAUGAAAGUAAAACCAUAUAAUCAGCUAGGAACUUUUGUAUGUCUCUAAGAAUUAUUUCUCAGACAUAAACCACUGCGAGUCUCCAUCCCUUCCUCAAAUUUUAGCUAUAUUCCUCUCCUUCGUCAUGGGCCCACUGGUGACAGCACAGGUAUCUAAGUUUCUAUUUUUAGCUUACUUAUUCUAGGCUGCACUGUAUUCCAUCUUGAUUCAAUCGGGUUUGCAUGCUCAUUGUAAAGUGUAUCAGUUAUUUUGUGCCAUCUAGUGUUCUAAUGAAGCAUUGCAGAGGGUCGAUAAACAACCAACCUGCCAUGACAUUUCUAAGAUAAUAUAGUGUGAUCCCUUCACCCAUUUAUUAUAUAUUUAACAGCUAAAACAGACUUACAGGGUUUUUUUUUAUUUUUUUUAAUUUUUUUAGCAUUUUUUCUCAACCCUGUUUUUUUUUUUAUUACUUAUUAUGUAUAAUUUUAUAGUUAUUAUUCUGUAGUAUUAUGUUUUAUAUUGGUAUUAAAAUAUUUUUCAAAAUUAUUCAAUACAAAUAAUAAUAAUAAAAAAUUUUUUUUACAGUAGAGAGGAGUCCGCAUAAUUUGGGAAUGUUCACUCCAUUCCUGGUGAUUAUCAGAGAAUCUUCUGCCCUGGUGGUGAAUAAGGUAAAACAGUUUAUAAAGGGGGGGGGGGAGCUGACCGCUGAGCGGACGCAGGCAGUAACAGCUCCUGUGCUAACAGACACUCUAAGCUACAUCUGCCAACACAGACACCUAAAUCGGGAAGACGGAACGGCGGGCUCGAAGUGGACAGAAUCGAAGUGGACAGAAGCCAAGCCAGGGGAUAGGGUGAAACUCCAACAACGCGCAGCCCAAUGUGCACAUCUCAGUUAGUGCCUUGCUGUUCCUCCACAUACUGAUAUGUAUCAACCCCUGCCUGAACUGUUUAUUUUUCUUAUUAUUUUUCUUAUUAUUUACUAUCAUUGAAGGAUACUUCAAACGUUGAAACACUGCUCGGCACCAACAUGCGGCCUACUCACACGAGCGGCACGGGAGAGACAGCCGUUCUCCCGCCGCUUUCAUACCCAGCUGAUGUAAUACAAAGCCCGCGUUCCCCCCCCCUAUGGACAGCGGGGGUCAUCCCGGUCCACACCACACUGGGCCCCAAGCUCCUAUGAACUUCUGCGACCGCACCUAGUGACCAAGAUGGCGGCUACCGACCACGCUUCUGGGCCUGCUCUCACCAAGCCUCUACAAGCGCAACAUGUGAGCGGGAUCCCUCACGCAGACCGCAUAGCAGCAGCCUUCGACCACUUUUGUACACAACUGGAGGCCAAAAUGUCACAGAUGCGAGUAGCCCAAAUGGUCUCUCAGCAACCCACCACCUCACCUGCUAAACCGGCGCCGAACAGCGCAACCGAGCCACGAACUGCGCCCGAUGAUGGCAGCCCGGAUGGAGCACCCAGACAAACUCUCCGCUAACCCUGGGCCCAAACUAUCUGACAGGCACAAACAAAGGGAGGAGAAAGAGAAGAGCGACACCUCAUUGCAAGGCCUACCCCCUAACACUUGCCGACCCACGCCUCACCUCACUAGGCAUAAAAUCCCCACGCCGCGCACCUGUCACCAAUGGAGACGAUCCGAUCGACCCCCUGGCACUUACCGGAGCCACAAGGUGACCAAAACUCAUCACCGCAAACCCGGGCAGAGAGCCGCAAGGGGGAGCCCCCCAGUGCACAACUCACACCUCCGGAGAGGGAAACUUCAAGAUCACACUAACACUGAACCCCACCGGGAUACCGGCGAAGGAGCAACACGCAACCGGAUCAGCAGGAACCAGGUUCCAACACAAGCCUGGGGCAGACGGAACAGCGGGCUCGAAGUGGACAGAAUCGAAGUGGACAGAAGCCAAGCCAGGGGAUAGGGUGAAACUCCAACAACGCGCAGCCCAAUGUGCACAUCUCAGUUAGUGCCUUGCUGUUCCUCCACAUACUGAUAUGUAUCAACCCCUGCCUGAACUGUUUAUUUUUCUUAUUAUUUUUCUUAUUAUUUACUAUCAUUUAACAACUUACCAUUUGAUAUAGCCUAUCUAGUUUAAAGCUCUGGUACUACCCUAACCACUUACUAGCAUGCACCAACUACACGGACGCAUACUUAAAGCUGACUAGACUCCAUGUUCAGGGACAUGGGCAUUAACUCUUAUAAUGCCUCUAUACUAUAAGUGCACAGCUGAAGCACCUAAUGCACAGCAGGCAGGUCCACGAACGAGACACCUCAUUAAAGCACAGCCUAGCCAAAAGCUUUCUGUUGAAUUUUAUUAGUUGUAAGCAGUUCGACAAGUUCAAGACAAAUUAUAACCUCUUGUAAUAUCUACUUUAACAAAAUGUGCAGUACCCUCAAAUGCCAACAACUGUUCCCAUGUGUUUAUUGCUUGAAUCCACAACUGCUAUUGUGGCAAUGCAAAUGUUUAUGUCUAAUUUAUGCACAGCUAAAAAUAAAGAAUUAUAUAAAAAAAAAAACAGUUUAUACAACAGAGUCCCUUGCCUCCUUAGUGAAACUAUGCUAAUUGCCUACAUUCAUGUGUAAAGAGGUCCCAGUCCACGUCUCCUUUGAUGCAGCUACUGAAACCUGCAGCAGUUUGUAGAAACCAGUGUAGCUAGAAGCCUGCCAGCCUGCUGGGAGAUUAGUGACUUGCCUAACAAAUGACACAAGUGGAGGUAAUCUGUGCAAAAAAAAAAAAAAAACUGCUUUACUAAAAUUCCACUAAUUUCACAGCUAACGUUCUUUUGGUAUAUGAAAAACAAAAUUAUGUAAAUCAUGUUAAUACACAGAGUUGUUUUAUGGUGACAUAUGGUCAAUGUUAAAUAGGUUAAUAUUUUUCCAACUGGCAGUCUGGUAGUGCCUGGCCCCCAGGGUUUGGACAUUUGUAAGGGCAGGUAUAUCAUAGAACCUGGAGGACAUUUACUUAAGAAUAAGUUAAGAGGUAGAUUGAGGGGUAGAGUAACCAUUAUUUUCGCUGUAUACCAGCAAAUGUUUCAAUGUGUGGCACCUCACAUGUGUCUGAGCCUCCUCUUAGUGUGGGAGACUGGGGUUUGUUUCAUUUCCAACAACUGGUGCCUACAUUGACUCUAUUUCUGGAAGAGCUCACUGCAUUAACAUAACAAGUUACUUUACACUCAGUAACUACAGACAAAGAUCUAAAAUUCCAGCUGCAGAAGGACUCAAUUGAAAUUCCAACACAAUCAAAAAUAUAUGAUUAGACAAAAUCCAAAGUUGAUGAAACUUGACCAAAGGAAGAGGCUCCAUCAUCAAGUUUUGGGAAUUCCCACAACCAUCGCUUGUGGGUAAAAGGCUUCAUCUCACAUAUUGUGAGAUAACUUCUAUGUACAGUCUUAGAAGGAUCUUCCAUAGACCUUCCAUAGAUCUUCCAUAGACCAUGCAUGUGAGUAUUUAUUUAUUUAUUUAUAAAAUAUUUUACCAGGAUAGAUACAUUGAGAUUUCUCUCGUUUUCAUGUAUGUCCUGGGUCUUUGUCCACAUAACAUUGCAUUGUUACAAUAGGAUACAAUAUUACAAAAAUACAAUAUACAAACUAUACAUACACACAUAUAUAAAUUUAAUACAUUACAGGUAAUAAAUAUAUUCAACCAUGACAGGUGCAUUCUGUGCUGAGGUAUAUUGCCAUAGAUCUCUUAAAAGAUUUUAGAUUGAAUGAAGAUUUGACUGUGUCCCUGAGGUUAUUCAAUAAUUGCGGUGCUCUGUAGUAAAAAGAGGAUCGAGCAACUUUAUUUAUGUAUUGCGGUAUGCUAAAUAUUGUGCAAGUACUGGAUCAGAGGUUAUAGGAGGUGGGAACAGCAGGGGAGAGCAUUCUACUCAGGUAGGGUGGGAGCUUCCCAGAAAUGCUCUUAUACACAAGGCUGGAAAGAUGAAGAGUGUGUCAGGGUUCCAGCGACAGCAAGUUUAGCUCUUCUAACAUGUCACAGUGGUGGGUAAAGUAAUUACAUUCUAGUACAAAGCGGCAGAACAAAUUAUAUAAAGUAUCAAGUUUAUAAAGGUGGGUUUGCGGUGCGGGUGCAUACACCACAUCCCCAUAAGCAAUGACUGGCAUUAGCAUUUGUUGCACUAUCUGUUUCCUUACUGUACGGCUUAGGCAGGAUUUGUUUCUGCACAGGGCACCUAGUUUUGGAUAAAGUUUUGAAGAGAUUUUUUCAAUAUGAAGACCAAAAGAUAGAUUGGGGUCUAGCAACAUACCUAGAUAUUUAAAAGAGCAGACUGCUGCCAGUGUGCUAUUUGAAUUUGUUCUGAUACACAAUUGUUGAUUUUGCAGUUUAUGUAAUUUAGGUACAGUUCCAAAAAUAAUUGUAACAGUUUUGCUAUUGUUUAGGAAGAGUUUAUUAUCCGCUAUCCACUUUACUACCUCUGUGAAUUGGUUUUGGAGCACAGCCUCAAGCUGCGGUAGCUUGGGUUUACUAGCGUAGAUUACAGUGUCAUUUGCUUACAGGUGUACAGUUGAGGAUUUGCAGACGUUAGGCAGAUCGUUUAUAAAUAAUGUGAAUAGCAGGGAGCUGAGUAUGGAGCCUCAGGGAGCACCACACGUGACUGGAAGAGGUAGGGAAGCGCAUUCAGAAAUGGCCACAUAUUGCAAUCGGUCUGAAACAUACGAUCGAAACCAGGCUGAGUGUUUAAGUUUUUGCAAAAGAAUGCCAUGGUCUACUGUGUCAAAGGCCUUGGCAAAAUCAAGGAAAAUAGCUCCAGUUAAGGCUCAUUGUUCCAUGCCAAUUUGGAUGUCAUUGCAAACUUUUUUAAGAGGGCAGUCGAAGUUGAGUGAUUUGGACGAAAGCCUGAAUGAUCAGGGGUCAGAUAAUUUGAUCGUUGAUAAUAUUCACAUAGUUGCGUGUGGACGCAUUUUUUUCAAGAUUUUUGUCAAAACAGGGAGCAAUGAUAUCAGGCGAUAGUUAGAUACCUGAUAUCAGUAGCACAGCUCCUGAAAGAUGAAGUACUAGGACAAAUAAGAUUGACACCAGGAAAAAGAUGGCAGUGCUCAUUAGGGAGAGCAUUUAAAAAAGUAUAUUAUUCUUCAGCUUCUCCCCCCUGAUUUUAAUUUAAAAACAUAUCUCACAAUUGGUGGUAUCCACUUUGUUUGGAGAAUGUUUUAGUGAGCUGAUACUGUUAUGACCUAUGCUAGAUAUGGAAAAUAGGUCUCUGAGGAAGUGCCCUCUACUCCCCCUCUAUGCAAUGCCUAUUGCCUAUUGUCACUAUGCUGUAUUGAUUUUAUUAUACGAAGAAAUAAAGCUUGAACCUUUACUCAACUGCUCAACUUUGGAUGUCCAUUCCCUUUGGGAACCCGGUGUUGCUGUAUUCAAUGUUGGUAGUGGAUGGAGAACCCAUAUGUCCAUACAUGGAGGGUAAGAAUAUAUGCAUCUUUAUUUGUUUUUGCUUAGCUUUGACUCUGUUACUGAACUUAUUUUGAUAGUGAGUACACAGUAUCCCUUUUAAAUUGUGUAGGUUACUGUCCAGCGCCUUCCUCUUGCUUUUUCUAAGUAUUUUGAAAACUUCCUAUUGCAGGAUUUGUCGCAUAUUUUCAUAUUAAUGAUUAAAAUGUUCCGUAAAAUUCUAAAUUAAUUAAUAGAAGUUAAAAUAUUUGAAUACAAUGUACACAGUCCCUAUAAAAAUUAAUGAAAUUAGAAUAUCAGAAUUUGAUUUAACCAUACAGACACUGUUUGACUAGCUCAGAUUUGAGUUCAGUUGAUGUUCAGAAGAGAGCGAUCUUUGAUCUCUCGGUUCUCUUUGCUCUACCUUAUCUGCUCCAUCUUCUGAGUUCACUCUUUUUGACUAUAUGUGACACAUAAUUCCAUUUUGUUAUAUUAACAAACUCCAGGAUCCUGAACAACUGUUGCUCUUCCACAGCACUUCCAUAUUUUGGGAGACUAUGCAUUCGAUGGGGCCUGUGACACACUCCUAGUUACUUUGAUAUCCACGUAAAAAUUCCAUAUGCGAACAUGCGCGUUUUGCAUUUUCUUCAGCUGUGCCAUAUGCAUGCAAGUGCCGUGCUCAUGGCACUACAGAGGUUGAUGAAUUUACAAACCUCGCUAGAUUUUGCCAGGAAAAUGUUAUACACUUAGAAACAUAGAAUGUGAUGGCAGAUAAGAACCAUUUGGCCCAUCUAGUCUGCCCAAUUGUUUAGAUUAUUUCAUUAGUCCCUGGCCUUAUCUUAUAGCUAGGAUAGCCUUAUGCCUAUCCCAGGCAUGCUUAAACCCCUUCACUGUGUUCACCUCUACCACUUCAGCUGGAAGGCUAUUCCAUGCACCCACUACCCUCUCAGUAAAGUAAUACUUCCUGAUGAUAUUUUUAAACCUGUGUCACUCUAAUUUAAGACUAUGUCCUCUUAUUGUGGUAGUUUUUCUUCUUUAAAUUAUAGUCUCCUCCUUUACUGUGUUGAUUCCCUUUAUAUAUUUAAAUGUUUCUAUCAUGUCCCCCCCGUGUCUCGUCUUUCCUCCAAGCUAUACAUGUUAAGAUCCUUUAACCUUUCCUGAUAAGUUUUAUCCCGGAAUCCAUGAACCAGUCACGCUUUAGAGAAUAACCCUUCUUGACAUGUAUGAAACUAAAAUAAAUUAAAUUGGUUAUGUGACAGUUCUUCUUUAAGUUCAUUUAUAUUUUUCUCUUCUGCAUUUUCAGGGUCAGUUUUUCUCUUUUUUUUAAAGUAACUAAAAUGAUUUAUUACAAAUUGUCAACGCUAAUAUGCACCCAACACGUACCCUAGAACAAAGAGUAUAGAAAACAUGUUACUUCCUUAGAAUGGCUGGUCUUAAUAUUAAGGACAGCAGGAUAGUCUGAAAACAGACAGAGAAUAGUCUAUAGAACAAUACAAAGUCACUGAGAACAGAAGAACAGAAACUUGUAGGACUAGGCAUGGUUGAGGAUAAGAAAAUUCUUGGAAAAGGGAAGAACAAGAAAAGUAAUUAGUGUAUGUAGUGCUCAACCGCAGGGAUUUAUUGCAAAUUGCUGAUAAAUUAUCUUGGUUGCUAAAUGGAAAUUCCUAAUAUCUAUUUAGUAUAGCAAAUACAUAAUAAACAUCAAACCAUAUCCAACAAAUGUCAUUAUGCAAAAGUGUUUAUUGAUACAAAUUAGCACUAUUAGAGAGCAUAAAUGACAUAAUACUAUAAUAAGCAACGACAUAGCAAAAUAUACAAUAUAAGUAUAUGUGCAAACAAAACAAACUGUGUAUAAACUACAAACCCACCAAUGGUACCUUAGGUACACUGACCUAAAAGGAUGAACAAGCCCAGUUGCUAGCCAAUAAGCCAAUGGAAUCAAGUCUACGCAUUCUCUGACAUCUGAGAUCACAACUGUGUUACUGAUAGGUAAACAGAGGAGUGGUCUCAAGUAUCCUAAAGUUGAUUUCCAUUGGUCUGUGUCAAAAUUUGAUUCCUGAAAUUGCAGAACCUGCAUGGCAGAAAUGACACGGAUGACUGUGACUCCAGAAAAUGAUGCGGGCAUGACUGCUAAUAAAAGAAUGCAGGGACAGAGAGGUCAGCAUCAAACUCAAUGCCAGAAUGACACACCGAGAAUAUUCUUGUUUGACAGUGUCCUGGAGGGGCAGAGGUUGCAAUACACAAGCAUCUGUGAUGUGACAGGUAGGAAUCUCUGCUGGAAACAAGCGUGCUCUUUCUGCAUGGUAGGACAAGCUGAAUAUAACUCAAGCUCGAGUUUAACCUUUCCCGUACUGCUUUUCAUACAAAAGGAGGUAUUAAAUCUAAGCUUCAAGUGAUUUCUAAUAUGUGUUCCAAUAAGGGUAAAAAUCCUAUCAGUUUCAAAAUUAAUUAAAAACUGGAUCAGCAUUAACAAUGUGUAUACGAACUGUUAUUGCUACUACCUGCAUCCACUACUAAACAUGUGAGCUUCCAUUAGCUGCAACAGUGCUUAGCUCAGACAGACAGCUUCCAGCUCUAUAUUACUAGUAGUAACUGGUCUCCAUCCGGUCAUGCCAUCUCUUUGGCUGAGAUAAUCAGUGUAGAUUGGGGUAGUCAACCUGGUCCCUACCGCCCACUAGUGGGCAGUUUGGGAUUUAAGGUGGGCGGUGGUGGGUUCUGCAGAGAACACCCAGUGGGCCUUGAUGGCUGUGGACCAAGGCCGGCAGGGGGCAUCCUUUCAUCUCCCCUGCCGGCCCAAGUAAAGCCAGCCUUGCUGUAAGCCCCAUUGGGCAUAUGUCCCCCCUCCCUGGUAAAAGGUAAGAAGAAGGGAGGGGGAGACAUUAAGAUAGAUUUUCACGUCUCACCCACCUACACACAGCAUAGACCCUAUGCACCCUUCACACACAAACACUACACCCCUCACACACAUACUGCCCCCUCACAUAAGCACUGCCGCAACCUUUACCUAUGCACCGCCCCUUCAUACACAUGCUGCACCUCUCACACACACUACACCCUUUACACAUAUACACACUGCACCCUAUAUACACACAGCACCUCUCACACACACAUAGGGGAAAAAAGUAUAGAAAAUGUAAAAAAAAAAAUAGAAACUAAAAAAAAAGGAAAAUAAAUGUUAAAAAUAAAAAACAAAUUGCACUUGCGCUAUAAAAUUAGUUACUGCGUCACUGGUGGGCAGUAAGGAAAUUUUACCAUCAACAAAGAUACAAAAGUGGGCAGUUGGUAUUAAAAGGUUGACUACAGUAGAUGAUUUCAGCUGAUCCAUACAUAAGGAAACAUUUAUUGACUUGUGUGCAUACGCGGCAAAAUGUCACACUAUGUCAAUCAAAUGGUCUCUAUGAAGUGCCGAGUACAUAUUGAAUGUGGAAUCCAGACAAUAUCUUUUAAUUAUUUUUUUUAAAUUAAUUUUAAAAUAGGUCAUAUGCUUUCUAUGCUAUUUUAUUAUCACUUAACUUGCCAGAGGGGUAACAUGAAUUGACAGUUAAUGUCUUACAAAAUUUUCGAUUUUACUGAAUAGGAAAAUAAUGCUUAAUAUGGGCGAUACAAAGGCUAGUGAGUAGUUACGUAAAUCUCCAAACAUGAAUUGCAUGAAUCAACCAAUUCUCCGUUACAUAGCAAAGCAUUUUAGAUUCUCCCUUCUUAUCUGGGACUGAAUAGGAGUGGAGAGGGUAAUGAAUAUUAAAGCUCCCAGGGGGUGUCCAAAUUGAAACAAAUGACCUAGAUAAACAGCUUAUGGCAUUCUUCUUACAAUCAUCCCUCUCCCACCUAAUCUUUCAUCUACAAUCAUUUGAGUUCCACCUGAUUCAAAUAAACCACCCAGAGGCCAGAGCAGAUUACAAUUCUGAGUCUGCACAGACAAGAUAGUGCUCGACUUGUCUUUAAUGCAAAUGUGCUGUCUAAGUGUGUGGGAAACUAACAAAACAGGCAUUCUGUACAGCCAGAAGUUUUCUGUGUCUUGCAAAAUUGAUCUGUAUCACAAAUAUUUAAUUCUUUUUGUAUAUGUGCUCUGUGAUUUAAAAUGCCUGUGUCAUAAUAUUUUGUCGCUAAAAGAGGGCAAUCAGAUGUUAUCUCAAAUGAUUAACCUUAGUGAAAUCUUUAGAAUUUUGAUUACAUUACAAGUUUGUGUAAGUGGAUGGUAUUUUGUUUUGUUUUAUUUGGUUUAUAUUUACUAAACUGAGUUUGUAUCUCUUUAAUUACCAUGUAUUAUUUAUAAUUUCCUAUUCUAUACUACUUGAAUAUUUUGUUAUAAAUUAUUUACAAAAUAAAAAAAUCUGUAGAAGUGCUCACUAGAUCACAAGGUCUUAUACAGGUCUGUCCUCUAAGUCUGUCGUCAUUUAAAAUUUGACUUGUCCAUGAUAUAAAGUCCUUAUGGUGUCUAAUGAUAUCUUUCGAUUGCAUUGGAAUUUCAUUGAGAUUUAUUGAGAAAGAACAAGCGCUAUUAUGGGUUAAGAAACAUUCUUUUGGUUUCUAUGGUGAUUUCUAUUUAACAUUUGCCCCAUGAUAGUACCGGUUUUGUCUUGAUAAAUCUCCCUCUAUAUUAAAUAAAAGUUUCCUAAGAGACAGUGUUUUGAAUAAGGAAUAAAGCAGCAGUGUAAGUUAGUUAUAGCUGUUAUAUGGGACUCUUCCCUAUACCUAAUUUUAGAAAGCAAUUGGCAUGUACGACUUACAUAACUGUUGUUGGCUCAGACAUGGAUCCCCCAAUUGCCAGCCUUCCUAUGUAUUAUAUAAAUCUUCAGUUAUUUUUUUUUUUUUACUACUAACAAUAAGAUAAUUAUUCAGGGAGGGUGCCAUUAAUUAAUUACUCUGGCCUUUCAUCGUCAAAUUGCGUAAAUUAUCGGCAUAUGUUUAAGCAAAAGAGAUAAACUAGUAUUUAACAAGAACCCCAGGGCUACUUUUACUAAAAUAAUGAUUCUUUUUAGACUGGAUGCUAGUCUUGAAAAACAGGUUGUACAGCAAGUACAGUGGCUCCCAAAUACAUGCAGUAUAUGGAACUGAUAACAGAGUACUGUUAUUAUUAUUACUGGUAUUUAUUUAGCGCCAGCAUAUUCCGUAGCACUUUACAAUAUUAGAAAUGUUUUUUAAGUGUCCAUUUGAGCUAAAGAUAUGUUAAUAAAACCUGCGAGAGGGGAGACAAUGAAUCUGCAAAUGUCUUUAGGGCAAACAUGACAAGUGAUAAAAUAAAAGUGCAGACUAUGCAGAUUGAGUGGAGGGAGGUAAACUUGCUGAGAUUAAAUAUUUUAAAUCACACUUAAUCAGUGCAAAAAUGUUGCAUCUCAUUAGAGAGCUGGCAUCUCAAACGUUUGCUUCUGAGAUGUUGUUAAACUGCAACUCUCUACACUUUUUUGAUCAUCUAUUGCUAAUUUUGGAGUUGUAGGCCAUCAACAUCUGGGGGCCCACAAUUUGAGAUCUCUAUUUUAGAGAAUGUUACUUUUGAAAAUUAUACACAGCUCUAGUUCUGAAAGUUGACUAAUAAUGCUGAUAAUUAUCUUUUAUUUUAAAUACCAAGUUUUUUUUUGUUUUGUUUUUUACUGUGCAUCAAGUAUGUCAAGGCACAGAGUGGCAUACAAUGCAAAUCAGUGAAAUGCCAUGAUGCAAUGCAUGUCAGCCUGUGAACACAUAUAAAACACACAUCAUUGUGAAAAUGCAUGUGUCAAGCAUUAUGAGAUCUAUAUGAUCAAGUUAUCAUGCAAAAUGCAAUUGUAAAAAAACUGACCCUUUAUAAACUUAAAUGUUAAGGGUCCUCCUUAAUUUUGGAGCAGUCAGCAGAUAUUUUCUUUGUGACUAUUACGUUUGUCCAAACUUUCACUGCUUGCCUUUUAUUCUUGUGCUAAACACUGCCUCUAAAACUGUACCCACCGAAAAACAUGCAGGGUUUUAAUCACGCUGAAAUGUGUGUCAUUUCACGCUCUCUACUCACCCACACUGCCUUGAAGAUAUUUCGAAUUGGAGUUAUAAUUGUUGAAACAUUAUAUAACUUAUGGAUAAAUUAUUUGAGAAUGGCCUGUACCAAUAAAUUCAAUCUUCAUAUUAGUUUUUUUAAAAUAUAUAUUCAAUAGUUGCAUUAUUAUUAUUAUUAUUAUUAUUAUUAUUAUUAUUUCAAUAUUCAUUUAAAAUGAAUUAAUCAAAAUGCUUUUGGCCAAGACUGUAAAAGUAAAACUAUACAUCGCUUUCUGUUUUCUAUACUGUAGAUGAACAAGUGUCACUGGAAUGUAAUCAUUCUGUAGAAUCAGGCAGUAGCCCUGGUUUUUAUGAGAUUUCAGGUUUCCCACGGUUAAAUGUCUCAUUUGUGUCAUGUUAAAAUUGUACUACACCCAGUCCACCUGUUCUUCUGCUUGGGAGAGAAAUAGCCCCAGGCAUAUAUGGUCAGACCUUUCAGACACACUUUUGCCAUAUCUAUUGUAUUUGUUUUUCUUGCUUGUUUUCUUUCAUGUGUUCAUGAGUGUGGGAAACUGUAAUUGUAUAAUAGUUGUCUGUCGGCAUGGGCUGUGCAAUAUAAAACCACAUGAGCUUUUGCUAGAAAGGCCUCAUUUCUCUUUAAUGCAAUAAAGCUAGCAUAUUCUAGUAGAGAAGAAACUACUGUACUUAUAAUGGCACCAAAUGGCUACAUGUUUCAGGAUUCUACACAAUCAAAACAAAUUGGAAUAAAAGCAAAUAAGGUACUUACAAAAAAAAAAAGAUAAUAUAAUAUUACUAAUAAUUAUAAUUUUCUUAAUGCAUUAGAUUUGGUCCUAUUAUUGCAUGUACAGAAAUAUUUUGUCAGUAUUUUUUUGGAAUACAAGGGGGCAGUUCAUCAACAUUUUGUGUAAAAUACUAAAUAGUAAGUAUGCAUUAGAAUAAAAUAGGUUGGUUUGUAUGGAAUGUUUUCUUCUUUAGUAAAUAUUGUGUUAGAAGAUUGCGUCAAUGUUGAAAUAACCUGUUAUGGUUUGUUUUUUUUUUAGAUAAGGAAGCCGGUUAUAGAGAAGAUGAGGAGAGAUCGUAUUAAUAGCAGUAUUGAAAAACUCCGGAUUUUAUUGGAAAAAGAUAUUCAGAUACAUCACCCUCACUCGAAACUGGAGAAAGCAGAUAUAUUAGAAAUGGCUGUUACCUACCUUCAACAGCACAGACUGCAGCAGACGAAUGGUAAGUUUCACACAACAGUUAAAAGAUAUGAUUGACAAUUGUCUCCUUUGAUUAUAAAAAAUAUGUUUUUUGCUGUCAGGAUUAUUUCUUAAACUCUGUUUGUAGCAAAUGAAAAUGUGAAAUGUGAAAAACUGUUGCUCUGGGAACAUUUUCCAAUUCAGACAUAGUCAUAGCUUGGUUAUUUAGACUACAUUUUGACAUUUAGAUUUUAUUUUUAAGUUUUUGACACAAAGAAUAGUCUAUUUUUUGGGGGGGUGGGUAUGGGGGGAGGGUUGGGGGGUUAAUUCUGAACCUAUACUGGCUAUAAAAGUAAAAAAUGCAGAUUUGUAAAUGUUACUGGAGCAAAUAUUUAGGUAUUGUUCAUUUCUUCUUGUUAGAUCAACAAGUCGCAUAAUUUAUUCAAGAUUCUCGCAGGCUGGAUUACAUUCUAAAAUAUUUAUACAAUACAGUGUGAGCUGAUGUGAAUUCAAAACUAAUUCAAAGUGAAUUUCAGAUUUAAGGCCGUAAUAGGCAAAUUGAGCAAAAAUAUUUCAGCUAUGUUUUCAAUUCAGCUAAACUUUUAAAUCACAUUAAAUUGUUGAUAAUCACGCUUUAGCAUAACCCUGUAAAUGUAAAAGAAACACUACACCUGCUUUGAAUAUUAAUCAUUUAUCUGUCUGUGAAUUUAAUUUCAUCAAACACAGAUAAAGUGAAUUGUAAACUCAAAACUAAUUUUGCUAAAUUUAGGCUGAAAUAGCAAAGUUUGGAAUAUAUAAAUUGGUAAUUUGACUGGCUUACAACCUACCCCCUCCCUGUGGUGUUCCCUGCCUAUCAUUGCGUUCCAAGUUUCAUAAAAUUGACAUUGAUCAAGUAAAAGUGAAAAGGCAAGGGCAGUUCUGGGCACUGAGGAGAGCCCUGUUCCUUAACUGUAAACAGAACAACUAAACUAAACUGUGGUGGCUAUGUUGCCUAUAGUGUGCCUUUAAUUGCAAUGUUUUUAAUAUAAUACGUUCCUCAAAUAUUUAGCCGUUUAACAGUAUUGUAUGCAUUAAAUGCAAUUUUCUAUCAAACAUAAUAGGCUUAAAUCAAACUUUGAAAGAUGCAGAUGAAAAAUGCAUGUGUUAAUUGCUAAACUGUGAGAUUAUCAUAGAUUAGGCAAAAAGUGCUGAAUUCUAUAAUAUGGCUAAUUUGCAAUUCCGCUGUUGACUUGCCACAAUCUAUUGUUUAAAGGGACACUAUAGCCACCUGAACCACUUUAGCUUAAUGAAGCAGUUUUGGUGUAUAGAACAUGCCCCUGCAACCUCACUGUUCAAUCCUCUGCCAUUUAGGAGUUAAAUCCCUUUGUUUAUGAACCCUAGUCACACCUCCCUACAUGUGACUUGCACAGCCUUCCAUAAACACUUUCUGUAAAGAGAGCCCUAUGUAGGCUUUCUUUAUUGCAAGUUCUGUUUAAUUAAGAUUUUCUUAUCCCCUGCUAUGUUAAUAGCUUGCUAGACCAUGCAAGAGCCUCCUGUAUGUGAUUAAAGCUCAAUUUAGAGAUUGAGAUACAAUUAUUUAAGGUAAAUUACAUCUGUUUGAAAGUGAAACAAGUUUUUUUUUCAUGCAGGCUCUGUCAAACAUAGCCAGGGGAGGUGUGGCUAGGGCUGCAUAAACAGAAACAAAGUGAUUUAACUCCUAAAUGGCAGAGAAUUGAGCAGUGAAAUUGCAGAGGAAUGAUCUAUACACUAAAACUGCUUUAUUUAGCUAAAGUAAUUUAGGUGACUAUAGUGUUCCUUUAAUUAUUAUGUCCCAUUCUAUUUCUAUGAUUUCUUUGCUCAACAGUCUUAAAAAUAUUUUUAUCUAAAUUUUCCGUGAUAUUUAAAGUUAAUGAUUUUUGUUUCUCUCACUCUCUGAAGAUGCUCAGUACUGCAUGACAAAUGAUCAAGAUUCCUACUAUCAAGGUUACUAUCUGUGCCUUAAAGAAACAAUGGGUUUUCUGCAUAAACAGAACCCGGAACUGUAUGUACAAUCACAAUCAUUACAUCAUCUUGACUUGGAAAAAAAUGGUACUUACUCCAAAAAGUGCCUAAUUCGUUCACCUAAAACAAUAUUCCAGCAAAGAAGUUCCUAUCAGACUUCACAAUGUCCUGAGAAUAUAUGGAGACCUUGGUAGUCACCUGUAUACAAACUUUAUAGAUUGACUACACAAAACACCCCUCAUUACCCACUGUGCAAAGUGAAUUGAGACAUUUAUAUGCAUGAGCAAAACGUCUGCCAGGGUUACAAAAUGAGGGACAAGUCUUCAAGCUUGUCAAUGUUAAAUUGUUUUAAGACAGGAAGAAGAUGCACAAAACAAAAUUAUAUCUUGCAUUAAACUGAGCAGGCAUAUAAAAUGGCUAUAAAUAUAUAUUUUGUAGCAUACUAAACUCGGAAGUGCCCAUAGCACCACUUGACGUGUUAAAAGGUGCCAAUCAUGGCUUGCCAACUACUGGAAGCCAAUUGUGGUUGGAGAGAAAGUCCUGGACUGGGCCACCACAGGAUAUUUGGGGCAGUAGAGGUUUGAAUAAAACUAUGCAACAUUCGCCUGACUCUUAAUAUGGUCAAAUAAAAAUACAUAUAUAAUAAUAUGUUUAGAUAUAUAAUUAAUGUUAGCAGGUAACAGUAUUAAAAGAAAAGAGUAUUGAGGUGUUAUAUGUUUUUAUUGGCAAGAUUUGUGUUUGGAACUAACUAGACAAAUCUAGACAAAAACAGCAGAGUUCUAAAUAAUAUCCUGUUACCAUCUCAGCUACAUAUAAUAUGCUAGGUGUUCAGUGUAACUCACUGUUUACUGAGCAAGCCACAAAAUAUGCAAGUGCAUGCUUGGAGAUCUCAUCAGCUCAAGAGAUGUAAAGCAUUUAGAAAUGUCAGACAGCCCAUAUCACCUUAAUGUAUAUGUUAACGUAAAGGAAACUUUAAUUGACUGAUAUAAUGCUUUACCAAAUGUCAGGUCAGCAGCUCUUUGAAGUGUUUUGCGGGGAAAUUGUGUUUUUUGUUUCUUUACAGGGGUAACGGAUGCAGUGUAUCCAGGUAUCCCUUUACAGUCACCCACCAUACUUGCUUGUUAAAAUUGUGUGUGGUUGUAGUAAGAAUCCACCCUCUCUCCUCACCUGCCCCCAUUAACUUACAUUCACCUGCCAUGCAACCAAUCUGUCUUAUACUGUUAAAUCCAGUUGCAUUCACUCAGUCACAUAACAUGUUACAUAGCCCAAUCCAGUCACACACAACUACCCACCUAUUCACAUUCACCCAGCUACACACACUGUCACAUACAGCUACCCACCUAAUCACAUUCACCCAACCACACACACUGUCACAUACAGCUACCCACCUAAUCACCUUCACCCAGCCACACACACUGUCACAUGCAGCUACCCACCUAUUCACAUUCACCCAACCACACACACUGCAACAUACAGCUACCCACCUAAUCACAUUCACCCAACCACACACACUGUCACAUACAGCUACCCACCUAUUCACAUUCACCCAGCUACACACACUGUCACAUACAGCUACCCACCUAAUCACAUUCACCCAACCACACACACUGUCACAUACAGCUACCCACCUAUUCACAUUCACCCAGCUACACACACUGUCACAUACAGCUACCCACCUAAUCACAUUCAUCCAACCACACACACUGUCACAUACAGCUACCAACCUAAUCACAUUCACCCAGCCACACACACUGUCACAUAGAGCUACCCACCUAUUCACAUUCACCAAGCUACACACACUGUCACAUACAGCUACCCACCUAAUCACAUUCACCCAGCCACACACACUGUCACAUAGAGCUACCCACCUAAUCACCUUCACCCAGCCACACACACUGUCACAUAGAGCUACCCACCUAAUCACAUUCGCCCAACCACACACACUGUCACAUACAGCUACCCACCUAAUCACAUUCGCCCAACCACACACACUGUCACAUACAGCUACCCACCUAAUCACAUUCACCCAGCCACACAUACGGUCACAUAUAGCUACCCACCUAAUCACAUUCAUCCAACCACACGCACUGUCACACACAGCUACCGCCUAA